CUCAGAAUUUAUGGCUGUCCGAAGCGCUCAUCCGACUGUCCGUGAAUGUGCGGCUAUAGUCGUAUUUCGGCGUCGUUAUGAUAACGUCGACGGGUGCUCUGGCCUUGGACGAUCGCGUGCGGUUUUAGAGAAGGCAGGAUGCGGUGGUGGCCCGGCUCCUUGCUCCACUUGUUUUGCUGUCUGAGGUUACGGGUGUGUGCGAGGCGAGGUCGGAGCAGGCUCCCCCUGUGGCUAAGAGAAACAUGGGCCUACAUGAGACUGAUGUUCAAGUCGCUUUACUUCAACUCCCUUACCAACUCCGAUGUAGUCUUCGACUCAGUCUUCGAGCCAGUCUUCUGGACCGUUGAACAUGUCACCCGCUGGUUUGGGACGGUGUUUGUAUGUCUGGUGGUGGUGCUGACCAGCUCCAUCGUGCUGAUCGCCUAUGUGGUUCUGCUGCCGCUGGUUCUCAACACCUACUCUCUGGCGUGGAUAGCAUGGCACCUUUGUUACGGACACUGGAACCUUGUUAUGAUCGCCUUCCACUACUACAAAGCUACCAAGACCUCCCCUGGAUUUCCCCCGACGGUAAAAAACGAUGUUCCAUUUGUGUCUGUGUGUAAGAAAUGCAUCAUUCCUAAACCAGCCAGGACACAUCACUGUGGCAUCUGUAACAGUUGCAUUCUCAAAAUGGAUCAUCACUGUCCUUGGCUGAACAACUGCGUGGGACACUUUAACCACCGCUACUUCUUCUCCUUCUGCCUGUUCAUGACCAUGGGCUGUGUCUACUGUAGUAUCAGCGGCAGGAACCUGUUCCUGGAUGCUUACAACACCCUCGAGCGCUUCAAACACACGGGUAUGGAAAAGCCAGGGAUUCCGGUGACGGGAAUGGGACCGCUCAUCGGCAUUCUUCCCUCUGGCCAGACCCAUUAUCAGACGCCCUCGCCGGCCUACACCUACAAGGACAAGAUGAUUCAUAAGAGCAUCAUCUACAUGUGGGUGCUUACCAGCACGGUGGGAGUGGCGCUCGGGUGUCUGACAGUCUGGCAUGCGGUGCUGAUAUCCAGAGGCGAGACCAGCAUCGAGAGACACAUCAAUAUCAAAGAGACGAAACGCAUGGCCAAACGGGGGAAGGUGUACAAAAACCCUUUUCACUACGGCAGACUGAACAACUGGAAGAUCUUUCUCGGGGUGGAGAAGAGAAGCCACUGGGUAACACGUGUGCUCCUUCCCUCCGGGCACGCCCCCCUUGGUGACGGUCUGACCUGGGACGUGUACCCGGUCAGGAAGGACAUGAUGCCCGUGUGACCGCCCGUACGGAAAGCCGGCCUACCUCGACUCAGCCCGCCGCCCUGGUUCAACGCCGCCGCCGUCGCCGCCGCCGAGGCUGUCAGAGGGUUUAAGAAAAACCACCUCACAAGCGAAGAAACAGGUGACGUUAGGCCCCGCUACCUCUGCACAGCCCCGCGGUUCAGCAUCUGGUUUCAUGGCUCAGAGAUCCAGAACAGAAAAACGACGAGAUGACUGUGGACACGCAACGGGUUCGCUUUUUCACCGUGGGUGGGCUUUGUUUUGGGGGUGUUUUUUUCCCCGGGGCUAAUCUGACUCACGGCAUCGUGUGGGUCACGGGUGUGAUGCUCUUCAAAAUCACUGACAUGUUGUUGGACCUAAAUGACUGUGUGAUCAAAUGGCUCAGCAACCACAGUGGGAUUUUCUUUUCUUUUCUUUUUGCGUAGGACUUCUUGAAUCAUAGUUCGAUGCAGGUCCCUGAGCGGUAACUCGAUCACAGCCAAAGAAAAUGUGCAACUCGAAGCCGGGGGGGGUCAACGUGUUGUGUUUUUAUUGGGGUUUUUUUUGUGUGGUUUUUUUCCCAGUUAUUGGUGCAAUAUGGCCACCCCAUGCAGAUGACGUGUCUCUCCAGCCCGUCUCAUUUACAUUUUCAUUCUCCAACUACGCACUCUCCACCCCCCACCCCCACCCCCCCCCUACCCAACAGCAGAAC